CGGGGCUUAUUUACCAUUAGUGAAUCAAUAUACUCAUAUAAGUUCAACACUCGAAACUACAUGCCAAUUAGGAACAAUGGUUAAAAAAUUGCAAAUAAAAAAACAUGAAAUAACAUAUGCAGUGAUAUAUUGA